AUGUCAGCGGAGCUGCAUCCCCAUGAUCAGCAUGGGCGUCAUGGGACGCAUGACAUAAUUCCACAUGGGGCCAAAGAACGAUCUCAGGCCGAAGAGGCGAUCAGAAAAGCCAAAUUACCUCCACUCACCCUUGCCAGAGAUGAUUUGCCUUUUGUCGUUCUGUCAGAGAGGUACCGGGAUAGAAGAAUCAAGCUUUCCGCAGACAGGCUUACGUGCGAGGGGUACAAGGGGUGGGCGAGCGUCUUCGCAACGCAUGCGUGCAACAGUGGCCGGUUCUACUUCGAGGCUGAGGUUCUGGAGCCUCAGCUUGAAAGGCUGCAGUUCGCUGGAUAUCCAGCCGAUCUGCAACCGAAAGUGCAGCCCUACUUCAGAGUUGGCUGGGCCUGUCGGUACCAGCGAUUCGACUUGCCUAUUGGAGCAAACCUCUUUUCCUACGCGCUCUCUGAUUUCGGCUCUUGUUCUCUCCUGCACGGAGCACACAGACAAGCCCCCCAACUAGCGCAUGCGGAGAUGAAAAAUUUUCAGAUCAGUCCGUGUUGAAUCACAACGCACUGUGUGGAACUUGUAAUCCCCCGGAGGCGGGUAGACUCAUGUCUGGACGCACGAGGCUUUAGUGUUCGUGUCGACUCAGCCUCGGGCGAUGUGAUUGGGUGCUACAUUUGUCUCCCGGAGCCCGUCUCCUGGCCUCCGGAUCCGCGUGAAGAUAGCAAGCUUUACGAGUACCUGCAAGCUGGUAUUUUGUGCUCCCCUGAAAGCCCUCCAGUGCCUCGGCGCAGCAAGCCUGAAGAAUCUUGGAUUGCCUUUUCAAUCAACGGGAGGAGAUUGCCAGGAGGCUUUAAAGGGAUAAGUGAGGGGGACUACCACCCUGCUUUCUCUCUCUAUAUGGGUGCCAGGCUCCGAUUCAACCCAGGCCCAGAGUUUAAGCAUCUCCCAGCCGAAUCGGAAGGCAUCCUACCUGCAUGCUGCAUGCAACGCCCUUUCAUCCCUUAA